GUACUUCCUUUCAGUCGCCAUUGUGUAUAUGUAUCUUGUAAAAGUUUUUAGUGCCGAUUGUGUGCGGUCAGGAGGCACCCUUAUUCACUGUGCAUUUACUGACUAGCAAUACAGCUGGUGGUUAUUUUAUUUAUUGUUCCUUUUUUUUUAGUUAUCUGAUUUUACUGGCACGGCGAAUAAUUGUAGAAGAAAAUGAUGAAUUAUUCGGACUACGACUCGGAGGAUUAUUCCUCAAAUGAAGAUGAAGACUAUGUCCCGUCUGAUGACAACCUGAGUGAGGACGAUUUGAAUGAGUGUGACAAGGAGGAUGGUCUGGAGGCAGAGGACCAAAGCGAAGCACCACGUGAGCAGGUCAAAAAGAAAAAGAACUCAAGUAAAGGCCUUUCUGCUAGAAAAAGGAAAAAAGGAGGAUUGACGCUGCAAGGAGGUGAUAAGGGUGGCACAGACAAACCGAAAGAGGAAGAACUAAAACUGCCUGAAGAAAAGUCAGUAUCAGAAUCCAGCAAGGAUAAAGAGGAACAGCAGAAGAAAAAGGCGGAUGAUCUCUGGACUAGUUUUUUAAGUGAUGUUGGCCCGAGACCAAAGACUGCGACGCCAGGCUCACAACAGACCACAGCCGAUUCAGACAAAGUUAGUAAAUCUGGCAAGGAGUCUCCACAUACAGAACCGAAAACCAUAGAGGCCUCCAGAAUCACAAUAACUAAGGUGUAUGACUUCGCAGGAGAAGAAGUUCGGGUUACUAAAGAAGUGGACGCUGACUCGCAGGAGGCUAAAAGCUUUCUCAAUAAGGAAGAGAAGGAAGAGGAACAGCAGACCCCCAUGUCUAAAGCUUCAGCCGCAUCCUCCCUCACUGCUGGAUCCAGCGUAAAGAGACCAGCAGGGAUGGGCAGUGUCCUGAGCCGUAUUGGAGUAAAGAAGCCUAAAAUGAGCACUCUGGAGAAGUCCAAGCUGGACUGGGACACGUUCAAAACUGAGGAGGGCAUCACUGAAGAGUUGGCCAUUCAUAAUCGAGGCAAAGAAGGGUAUGUGGAGAGGAAGAACUUCUUGGAGAGGGUGGACCAGCGGCAGUUUGAGCUGGAGAAGAACGUUCGCCUUAGCAACAUGAAACGAUGACUGGAAUGGACAAAGUGCAUCCAGUAACAUGCAUACACAAAAACGUGGACUGUUCACUCCGUUUCGUUGUUUCUGUCGCAGCUCUGUUAGCACUUGUCUCUUAGCUCAGAUUUAAGUCCAUGCUUCACUCAUGGCUGGUCUUGUCUUCUGUACACUGAAAUGUUUCUUCUGAGAAAGAGUCAGAUAUACAUACAUCUAGUGUAGCAUGUGUAUUAGAUCAGCCAAGACAUUUUUGAUGUCCAAAUUUUGCUUACCAUCGUAGGCUAUUUAUAUACCUAUCCCGCCUAAAGCUUAAUAAAAUUAUAAAUAGUUAAUCUACCUACUGCAGUUACAUCUCUUUCCCAAGGUCUUAACUUGUCAUGUGACUGUGUUUUUUUUUGGGUUUUUUUUCCUUCCACAGUAUCUUGUUUUCUCUAUAUAUCAAAAUAUCUAUUUUUGGGAAGUGAUUCUUUAUAAAUAAUGUUUUGUAGCUAAUAAGCGACACAGUUUGAGGCAUGGUUGUCAUGAUUUCAGUAUACAAUUAUAAAUCAUGCUCAUCACUUCCCUUGUAGCCCCAGUGCAAAACUAAUCAAAAGAAAUUUGGUCAUCAAAAUGUCUUGGCUGCAGUUCACCCAAUGGCUUACCAUCAUGUAAAAUGCAAAGGUCACACAGCCAUCACUGGCACAAAAAGACAAACGUUAGCCAUCAAUAUCUCUGCAGGGCUUCAUGCUUUCCUUGGGGUAGCACACAGGAUUUGGCACAGGCAACUACGUGAGGAGUGUGUUAGAAGAGAAAAGAUACUGAACUACUCGUCUAGGUCGACUAGAUGUAAGAAACGUUGAGAGACAAGAUCUGUUGAAGAUAAAAUAGUUACCUAGGCUGUAAUUAUUAGUCUUUAUUAUUAGUCACAGUUUUAGACUCUGCAUGACAUGUCAUUCUUUAACUCAUCUGGUGUUUAAGCAUUUUUUUUUGAGGUGAGUUAUCUAUGUACCAGAAUGGAAACCUUAAAAAUAUGCAGUGCAUUUUGGGUUCACAGGACUAGAGCAGGAAUCCCCUGCUGACUUUCACUCUCUGACAGGAAUAAAAGACCAACGUUAUCUGCUACAGCUCAAAAUGAAAAACUACUUGUAGUCCAAGACCUUCAGGGCUGUUUACAGGAUAAACAAAGGAGUGCUGUUUGUCUGUUUCUGUAUGCAUGUUGUUUCUAUUUUGCCUUGUUAAAGUGCUGUAAAUGUCUUUGACAAUAAAUCAAAUCAUCUGGUUUGA